UAUAGCCUGAUUAGCGGUUUUCAUUGAAUUUAAUCGAUUGACAAAAACAAAACAAAACAAAACAAUUAUCGUGUAUAUGUGGGUAUAUGUGUGCCAUCAUCAAACAUUGUUCAUUCAUACUUAUGAUGACAAAUUCUUUUAAUAUUCAUUAAUUUAAAAUUUUCAAUGGCCAGACAAUCAUCAUUAUCAUGAUAUCGUAUGAUGAUUCUAAGAAUUUAAAACAAUUUAAAUUAUGAUCGGGUUAAUUCCCGAUUAUAAUUUACACUACUAUAAAAAAAUCAUUCAAUCAAUCAAUCAAUCCUCAAGAAUGAUAGACAGUUUUUUCCCGCAGUUUUAUCAAGUGUCAUGUGUUUGUGUGAUGAUUAUAAACACUAUAGUGUCAACAGUAACAGCAGUAAAAGAAACAGAAACCGAAGAAAUCCGAAUACAAUAAACCAACAAUAAAUAAAUCACCCAUGGACCCUUUGUUUCUACAUUUUUUUUAUCGCUGAACAUUCAACAUCAAUAGAAUUUCCAAUUAAUUUUCCAAUUGACAAAAAAAAAAAUUAAAACAAUUUCUUAUGAAUAUUACUAUUGUCAUUUAUUUAUCAUCCAUAUAACAUAAUUCCUAUUAUUGGUAACAAUAAUCAAUAGAAUUUCAGCUGUUCUAGCAAAAAAAAGGUGUUUUAAUCGAUAAAUCGAAAUUAUAAUUGAAUGUACGAAAUUUAUUGAUUUUUUCGAUCGGUUAUUUUUAUUAUUGUUGAUCAAUGUUAAUUACAUUUACAAUGUAUGACAAAAAUGUUACAAAUCCUUCAUCAUAACGAAAUGAAUGUUUGAAAAUUCUAUUGAUUCAUUAAUAUAUUCUAUAAUUUAUAUCUAUAAUAAUCAUGAAAAAAUAUCUACAAUCAUCAUCAAUGACAACAUCAUCAUCGACAGCAGCAACAUUACCAUCGACAAUAAUAAAAUCAUCAACACAAUCACAUAGAUGUUUUCAUUUUGGUAUCAUUUUAAUGGCCACAUCAUUGGCCGGAAUUUUAUUAUUAACAAUAUUUUAUCAUUCAACAUCGACUAUAAAUUAUAAAUAUUCAAUUGCAAUCGAUUCUGGAUCAACGCAUAGCCGUGUGGUGUUAUUUCGAUGGAAAGCGGAUAAACUAAAUGAUACCGGAUUGAUUGAAGAGAUUGAUUCCUGUAGAGUUAAUCAACCCAUUUCAACAAAUGAUGGUAGCAAAGUAAACAUGGUUGCUGAUGAACUUUUUCAUUGUAUACGAAAUAUAACGACCAAUAUAAAGGUGAAAAAUGAAAAUAUAUCCAUCUAUUUAGGUGCAACAGCCGGUAUGAGAUUAUUGAAUCAAACAGAACCGAAUUUAGUGUCAAGAAUAUUUGAUCAAAUACGAAAAAAAUUUCAAACAUCCGGUAUGAAUAUACGACGAAUAUCGAUCAUCAGUGGACAGGAAGAGGGAAUGUUCGCUUGGAUUGCAGUCAAUUAUUUAUCCGGAACAUUGUUCAACAGAAUUCAAAUGAAUAAUAAAUCAUCAUUUGGAAUAUUAGAUAUGGGUGGUUCAUCGGCACAGAUUGCUCGUGCCGUAUUAUUAAAUGAACAAAAUAAUCGAACAAUGAUAAACAAUGAUGAUGAUGGAAAUUAUCAACAAAUACGUUUAUUUGGAAAUGAAUAUAAAAUUCAUACAUUUAGUAAUCUAUGUUUUGGUGCUGAACAAGCUCUAUUUCGUUAUAUUCGAUUAUUAAUCUCUCGGCAAUCGGAUAAAAAUGGCAAAAUUAAUGUUCCAUGUUUUCCAAUCGGUUAUCGAACAUUAUCAUCAAAAUUUCCGUUAUACGAUAAUAUUUGUACGGCGAUGAAAUCAAAAUCGGCAAUUGAGAAUAAUAAUGAACAUAAUGAAUAUGAUCUAAUCGGUACUGGACAAUUACAACAAUGUCAACAGGACAUUGAAUGGUUAAUUAAUCGAGAAAAAUGUACGGAAAAUUUUGAAAUUUGUUUCAAAGAAAUCCCCAUUACUACUAAUACUACUAAUGAUGAUGAUCGACAACGACAAAUGGAUCUAUUUUAUUAUGCUAUAUCAGCAUAUUAUCAUGAAACAAAAGUAUUACGAUUUAAAAAGUUUGAAAACAUAUCACGACAACAGUAUUUGAAUGAAUAUCAUCAAAUGUGUAGUAAAACAUUCGAUCAAUUAAAUGAAGAGCUACGUAUUGAUAAAAAAUUCACUGCAUCAAUGUGUUUUAAACUACCAUAUGUAAUCAGCACAUUAACUAAUGUUUAUAAAUUCAAUGAUAAAACAUGGUCACGAUUAAAAUUUGCUCAAGAUGUAAACAAAUCAUAUAUUGGCUGGGUAACCGGUAUGAUGAUUAGUGAAACUAAUCAGAUUCCAGGCGAACGUCCAUGGAUUCGUUUGAUUAAUAAUGAAAUCUUUUUGGCAAUGAUCAUUACAUUCAUUAUGAUACUUAUUAUCAGCGCUAUGAUUGUAUUUUAUGGACGAAAAAAUCAUCGAAAAAUGGUCAAACAGACUCAGGUCCAUAGUACAAUUAUUUAA